CCCCUGUUUCCCUGUACUCUGUAGUUACGGAGAUCGCCGUCGCCCUACCGCCGGAGUUACCGUCGUAGUGCCGUUUUCCGUCCAGAUUUUCCGGCGCCGGAACUCCAGAAAACGAGAACAAUGUAUCUGAAGGUAGAUCUAUCAUGGAAUGUGAUAAUCAAAGCUGAAAACCUAGAUUCCAAAGGAUUGAUGUUACAACGAGCCAUAAUAACACGUCUCUUAGAAGAGUUUGCGCUGAAGAAAGCAACGAAAGAUCUCGGUUAUUUCAUUGCAGUUAACACAUUGGAUAAUAUCGGAGAAGGAAGAGUUAGACAACACACUGGUGAUGUGCUUUUCCCUGUUAAAUUCAGCUGCUUGACGUUUAAGAUAUUCAGAGGCGAGGUUCUGGAAGGCGUAGUUCAUAAGAUCAUGAAGCAUGGAGUGUUCUUGAGGUGUGGACCUAUCGAGAAUCUUUACCUCUCGAAUCAGAAAAUGCCUGAUUAUCGUUAUGUCCCUGGAGAAAACCCUAUAUUCAUGAAUGAUAAGAUGUCGAAGAUUGAGAGAGACUUGGUGGUUCGCGUUAUGGUGAUUGCGACUAAAUAUGUUGAGAUCGAGAAGGAGUUUCAAGCUGUUGUCAGCUUGGAAGGUAACCAUCUCGGUCCUGUCUCUUAAACAGAACUUCACUGUGUUAGAGACCUAAUCAGUGGUCGUUUUGUAUGUAAGUAUUUGCUACUUUGUUUAACUAUCGGUUGAAUGUUUCUUUUCGGCUAGAUUCAUCCAACCAGGCUUGAAAAUACCCGUGUUUUAGCAUUGAAGAUGAUUGUUAUACUAUGGUAUUUCCAUGAAUCAA